UCCAACACAAGAAUUAAUUAUUUGCCUCAACUAAUAUAGCUUGACUAGAUAAUGUGCCAGUCAUUUAAUUUUGAGACAUUGAAACAGAUUUGCACAGGAGUCAGGAGCAAAUGUAAAUUUAAUAUGUUUUCUUGAUUAUGUUGAUAAAAUUGAAGUGUUAAUUUAUACAUUGCCAAAAAUGACUGGUGCAACAUUCAUUAGAACCCUGCUAGAAAAUGUAUUUAAUCACCUGCAUGUUUUAUAUAGUAAAAAUGUCUAAUACAUCUUUGUUGAUGGAAUGCUAACCCUACUGAUAUAUGCUUUCUCUAAUCACUGUCACUUGCCUCCUAAACAUAUUUAUUAGUUUAAUACUUGUUUGUAGGACUGAAAUGGGUACUCUGGAGUUUGAUCAGAUUUGACGGGUACCUGGGUACAAACUUAUUACCCGUUACCCGACUUGUUUUUUUUUUAAUUUAAAUUCUUGUUUCAAUAAUGCAAUGAAAAUAAACAGGGAAAUUUAUUGCUCUGGUAUCUGUACUGCUUAAUAUUUUCAUUGAUGAAGCACUGCCUCUUCUGUAGGUAAUAAUUUAUGUCUGUCCGAGGAUUACCUGGCUAUGAUUUUUGUACCCGUUUCAGCACUACUUGCUUUGACAAUGUUCUCAAUCAAAGAUCUGACUGACUUCCAUCUUUGUUUCUAACAAAUAAUAGAAAAAUACUAAUACCGCUUAAUAUAUGUAUGUCGUAGUGGUUUCAUUUUCAGUUGAAGAUAGUUUCUAUCUUUAUGUCUCAAAAAUUGCAAAGUACACUGUACUGAAUUUUUUUUUUACUUUUUGCAGCUUAUUGUGUACUUGGUUGUGCACUGCACUUAAAUGUCUCCAUGUCCGUUCUCGAACUUAUUCGUUAUAUACAUCUAAACAUUUUGAAACAGUUCUACCUAAAUAUUAUUUGAAAUGAAAUUGUAAGAUACUUAAAAAAUUAUUCCCCCUGUUUGACCGGCUAUACAUUUGAAAUAUUUUUGAUUUGUUGUUACUAUAUCAAUUUUUGAGACAGAAGAGAAGAGGAAUUAUCUUUUUGCUUGUGUAUUCCUAUAACUGCAGUAGUAUAGUGCUUAUAUUUAUUUUUUCAAGCCACCUGAACAGCAUUCACCCUUACAACAUAGUGAACCAGUUUCAUCGCAGAUAGGCCUUUUGAAUUCUCAAGAUUUAUUUAAGUCUGACUCUAUAGAUGAAAGUGAAUCAUUUCAAGAAUCACAAACUUUAGAUCAAAUGGCUGAGGCCUAUUUCUACAUGCCAGGCAAAAGAGGUGAUUACAACUUCUUGAACGCAACCGAACCAUCUGAAACCUCUGAAGAGGAAUCCAUAAAUAGUUUAAACUAUGACAGAUUGAAAUCUGAAAAUGAUAAAUUAAGAUCAGAAAAUGCAAAAUUACAAUCUGAGGUUGAACUAGUCAAAAAUCAAAAUGAAAGGUUAAAAAAUUGUAUCAAAGAAUUAAUGAAGAGUGAAGGUAAAGAUAAAAGCCAGUAGAUUUUUAAAAUGGAGGUAACUAAUAAAAAUGUGUUUGACUUUUUUAAGCUCAAUGGCAGAAAUAAAACAUUAGAAUAUAUUCGUGAGAAAUGUAACACUAUACAGCAAGAUGCUUGUAUCAGCCCUACUGACAAAGCUGUUGAAUAUACCUUAAAGAGGUUAACUGAAAAAACUGAAAAACUGUCAAAAAACAAACAUAGGGCAAAAACAGCAGAGGAACUUCGUUUGUUUAUGGACUCUGACUUUAAUUUUCCUAAGGGUGAAACCAAUAAAAGGGGUCCACAAGUCUCAGUGACUGAAUCACUGAAUUUAAAAGACUCUUUAUUACAGGAAAAAAUUAACAAUGAAACAUUAAUAGAAAAAGUAGCCAGAACUGAAACAAUUUUAUUGGAAAAAGAACAGGUUCUAGGCGUAAAGACAAAACAGUUAGAUAGUUGUAGACUGAAUUUAAAGAGAACAGCUGCACGUGAAACUUAUGCCCAGAAUAAAAUAAAAAAACUUGAAGAAAAUGAAAAAAAAAAUUGUUGUGAAGACAGUGCAGUUCGAAUAAGUGAGCUUGAGAACAAAAUUAAAGAAAAAGAUAAAGAAAUAGGUAGGCUUGAAGAAAAUAUGCAAUAUUUAAAUGACAUUCUUCAGGACAUUGACCAAGAAAAUAGAAUUAUUAAUGUUUUUGAUGAAAAAAGCAGGAGGUAUUCGCCCAAAUUUAAAAACUGUGUUUAUGAGCUUCUUAAAUUAAAUGUCAGUGCAUCGAAAGUAGGAGAAGUGGUUAAGUCAGUUUUAAAAUUAGUAUCAGUUGAGCCAAACAGAACCCCAUCAUCCUCUACUGUACUAGAGAUGAAUUUGCAGAGAUUAUGUUUAGCGCAGAAGCAACUGGGUGAAGUCUUUUCAAAUGAGGAAAAUACAUGUAUACUAACAGACGAGACUUCAAAAUUUGGUAGUAAAUUUAUGGGCUAUGAGGCCACAGAUUCUCAUGGUAAUUUUUGGGUAUUAGGUUUAAGGGAAAUUGAAACCAAAUCUGCCAGCAAUACUUUAAAGGUCCUACAAGAAAUAUUGAAUGAUCUGGAUUCUGCAGCCAGCAAUAACAAUGUAUCCCGAGACAUUAUAACACAUAUAACUGCUACAAUGUCAGACCGCGCUGCCACAGAGGUGCGUUUUAAUGAACUAUUACAGCAGUAUAGAAAAGAAAUUCUACCUUUGACUUAUCACAAUUAUCAUUUAUUCACGGAGGAAGAAAAGUCCUCGCUUGAAUCGUUAAAUAAUUAUUUCUGCGGCUUACAUGCACUUGUGAAUUACGCUGAAACAGCACAAAAGUGUUUAGUACAGCUUGAGACCAACAUCUUUGAUGAUGAAACACCAAUUUAUGACAAAUCAUUUCGCAAAAGUGAUGAACCAGGUACAUGUAGGCUUGUAAGGACAGCCUCAAAGGCUUUCGGGGAGGGGAGUGGGGCGGACGAGAAAAGUGGCUGCCAAGGGUCAUUUAGAACUUUCUCAAAAGACUUUCUUCAAGAAAAUGGCUUAAAAUCAAUGCCUCUAAAAUCUUACAGAGGCUCCAGGUUUAAUAUUCUGUUUAAUAAUGCAGCUACUCUAUUUUUCUUACAUGAGAAAAUGUUGGAAUUUCUGCAAAGCUUUGGUGCAGAGAACAGACUUCUUAAAGCGGUUCUGUUUGAUUUAAAGGUACCAGAAUUUGUUGCAGGCACUAAGGCCCUAGGUUUAAUAAGCAAAGUUAUCACCUGUCCAUUAUGGUGUAUUCUUGAAGACAGAAAUAUUUCGGUUACAGAAAUGAACACAAAAUACCUAGAAUUAGUGAGUUUUUUACAAGAUGCCACCAACAAUACUGAAGAUUUCAUGACUGGUAACUUGGAGGUUUUUAGUGAACAUGUUAAAAAAGAUUGUAUUUAUUUAAAGCUGGUGAAACCUAGUGCAUAUGACCAAGCUUGUCACAGCUAUCUGAAAGUAAUACUGGCAGCACUUUGCACGCUUUGUAAAAAAUUAUAUAAAGAACAUUUGCCAGGUGGUAGUCUCAUCACACAAGAUGAAAAUAAAUUUAAAGGUGUCCCGAAGACCUCUUGCUUUGCUGAAAGCGUUUUUGGGCAAUUAGACCAAUUAAUGCGCACAAAACCAAAUUUGAAAACGUUGGCUGCAGAGUCCUUUAUAAUGUUUUUGAAUAACAGAACUCUACAUUGGCUAAACUCUAAAGAAGAAAAUGAGAGACAUCAAUUGAUAACACAAGCAUCAAAAGAAGUGAAGUUAAUGAAGGUAAGGUUUAAAUCUCGGCUACUUGAAAUAGAAGAAAAUAGAAGAAUUGCAAUACAGGAGAAGAUCUUAAAGAGAGAAAACGCAGAAAGAGAAAGAAUUAGAAAACAAGAAUUGUAUACAGAAAACAUUAUGAAGCAUGGAUUAUGGCAAUCACAGACAGAAGUAGAUAACAUGCUGGCAUCGUAUGAAAAAACGUCAGAAAAAGUAGAAGUAUUGAAAGCACAGCUCAAAUUUAGAAAAGAUGUUUUGAAUCAAGUUGCAGAAGUCAAGUCCACAUUUAAUUUCACAAAAACAGUUGAAGGGAAAAAAUCAAGGAAAAGCCUCAGUGUGGAAGAACUGGCUUCUAAUUUAAAACUUCUUGUCAGACAAGCAGUGGUUAAAGAUCAAGAAAGUAAUGAGGCAAAGCAUCUUCUUGUUGGUAAACGUGUAAGGCACCGCUUUGACGAGAUAAGAAACGGCCAAAAAGUUCCAGUAUGGUAUACUGGAAAAGUCAUAUCUCAGGUACCGUUGUUCAAUUCUUGGUUUAACAUUAUAUAUGACGGAGAUGACGCAGUUUACACAUACCAUCGACUCGACAGUGAUUUAGAAUCAGAGGAUCUUGAAAUACUUGUAUAAGGUAGAAAUAUAGAUGUAAUUCAAUUCAAACAUAACAAGAAUUCCUCUACAGAUGCAGCACUGAGUUACAUUAACUUUUUUUGUCUGUUGUUCAUUACAAUGGUUGUUAAGGCGUAUAGCAGAAUGGCUCCAGACAAAUGUGACUUCCCGAAAUAUUCAAUGGGUGAUAACUUUUUUAUGGAUAAACCUUUUGUCUUGAAAUAAAGACCAUUGUACUGCAAAUAAAAAUACCUUCAAAAUGGUAUAUUACAUCA